CCUACUCGUUGUCUAGAAUUCCUACCCAUCUGCGAGAUUCCUCCACUCGAAGGGAGAAGAGAGAACGAAGACCAAAAAAAGGGACUGCAAGAAAAAAAAAAGGGAAAGAAAUAUGUCUGCGGCACCGUCGCCCGCAAUCGACAGCAGCAGCGACGUCAACGGCACUGCAGAUCCGGCAACCAGCACGGCCGCAACCACCACGCUCGUCAUCGUCGACGAGGGCGAGGACGAGGACGAGGACGAGAACGAGGGGCAGGAGGGGUCCGGUCGUGAGGCCGGCGUCGCGCGCCACGCCGACGUGGGCAUUUCGGAGGGUGACGUCGCCGAUCUCCGGGAGGCUGCGAGCCGGCCCUCGGCUGGUGCGGCGGCGGCGCACGUCUGGGGUCCCCGCGUCGAGCACCACCACCUCCAGCAGCAGCACCAGCAGCAGCACCAGCACCAACCACUCCCCCAACACCACCACCACUACCUCCACCACAACCGCAGCCGCGUCCACGACGACCACCUUUACGACCAGGACCAGGACCAGGACCAGGACCAGGACCAGCAGCACGGCCGGCAGGUCGUCGACGAGCUAGACCUAGACCUAGACGCAGGCGCCGACGCUGACGCGCAGGCAAAAGGCGGAGAAGCGUCGCAGGAGUCGCUCUACUAUGAAGCGUCCACGAUGUCGUCGCUGAACCCCUUCUCCGUGGCCGCCAUCAACCGCCUGCGCGCCUACAAGCCGCCCGCCUUCCCGCUAUGGGAGGCCCUGCCCGCCCGCCGGCGCGCCGCCGUCCUCGUUCUGCUCUACGCGGACCGCUGGGGCGACCUCCGUGUCGUCAUCACCAUGCGCGCUGCCAGUCUCCGGAGCUUUUCGGGACAUGCUGCGCUGCCCGGCGGCAAGGCUGACAACAAGGAUGAGACGCCGUACCAAAUCGCGAGGAGAGAAGCAUACGAGGAGAUUGGUCUCCCCAUGGAAGACUCCCGCAUCCCCCGCCCCUUUCGAAUCGAACCUCUGUGCACGCUGCCGCCGUCGCUAGCCCGCACACACCUUGUCGUCACGCCUUGCGUCGCCUUCCUCCACGCUGACCGGACGUCGACGCCUGACGCGCCCAGCCCCCUCGUUGAAGAGUCCAUGAUCCCCCGCCUCGACGCGCGCGAGGUGGCCGCCGUCUUCAGUGCCCCCUUCUACAACUUCCUCAAGGCCGACGACCUCCCGCCGCGGCCUGGCGCCGCCGCCCUACCGCCGGGGCAGUGGUAUGAGGGCUCAUGGGUCGCGUGGCAGGACAUGCCGUGGCGCGUGCACAAUUUCUUCGUGCCCGUCAACAACCAGCGCGUGUCCAAGCCGAGCCGCCGCGACAGCGCCCAGGGCAACCUGGCCGAGAAGCUGGGCGAGGAGCAGGAGUAUGAGGGGCGCUUCAAGGUCUGGGGCAUGACGGGCCGGCUGCUCGUCGACGCCGCCCGGAUAGCUUACGGCGAGGAGCCCGAAAUCGAGCACAACGACACCUUUGGCGACUACGACAUUAUACAGCGGGCCGAGUCUGCGGGCGUUUUUAAGGAGAGUAUGGAGCAGGACAAGGCCGCAGCCAACGACGGCAACGGCGCGGCCAAGAUGUGA